CCAUUUCGGCGACAAGAUGACGAGGAAACUCAGCAAGUUCUUGAUACUUUUCGAUAACACGAAUCUAUUGUAUUUUCCUGGCCACUUCUUGUCCGGCCGUGUUCUCAUAGAGCUGGACGAUGAAGCUUACGUCUCGGGACUGCAUUUCCAUGUUGUGGGAGAAGGUGUAGUUCGGGUACGCAGUCAACGUGCUGAGAGAGUUUACGACAAAGAAAACUACAUUGAUUUUCGCAUGCGGUUGUUGGGUGAACCAGGCGAAGGACCGUCAUUACUAUCUCCCGGAAUACAUAGUUUUCCCUUCAAAUUGGGGUUGCCGUUGGGUCUACCUUCCACUUUUCUCGGAAAACAUGGAUGGGUGCAAUAUUAUUGUAAAGCGGCUCUUCGCGAACCAGGUGGACUUACUCACAAAAAUCAACAAGUCUUCAUCGUUAUGAAUCCAAUCGACUUAAAUCUGGAGCCUCCAAUAUUAGCGCAACCUGCGAGGCAGGAGAUUGAACAACGCGUGGGUGUCUCUUGCGUAUCGGGUGGUCCUGUAUUCUGCAGAGUUAGUUUGGAUCGGGGUGGAUACGUACCCGGGGAAACGAUCGGUAUUUCUGCGACUGUCAGCAAUCGCAGUAAGGUGACGAUGAAGUCAACCAAGGCGUCACUCACUGAAACGAUACAAUAUCUGUGUCGAGGUAAAGUACUCGCUAGCGAAACUCGCGAGUUGGCUAGCGUUUCUAGGGGGAAGAUUCGGCCAGGUGAGAGCGAGGAGUGGCUAAACGAACAAAUGUACGUUCCUCCGUUGCCGCCGACGAAUCUGAGAGGGUGCCACUUGAUUAACGUUCUUUAUCACGUUUACUUCGUCAUAAGUCCGAAAAGUCUGGAUAAAGAAAUCAAGUUACAAAUACCGAUCGUGCUGGCCACGUACCCUUUGAGGCCGGAGGGUGCACCAGUUGGUACGGCGCCGUCUAAACGGGGCGCUCAUUAUCCAUCGACGCUACCAAUCUUCCGACCUUGGCUCGACGACAAGGCCUUCGAAAUACAAGAAUGAAAGCGUAAU